AUGCUUUUGAUCCCACGACAACAUGCUGGCCCCGUUGGCCGAGCAUUUGAACCUGAGCUCAAUCGCCCUUCAUAUUCCCACCAGAAGAAGAAGUAUGCAUCGAGUUGUCCAACCUGGCUACCAAAAGUUCUUCACACAAACAAGCUAUCGCUAUUAGAACGGCUUCCCAACGACGUGCAGAGGCUCAUUUUUUCGAACCUGGACUAUCAGUCUCUCAUCUUCCUGUCCAUGGUGAACCGACACUUUCAUCGUACAGUAGACCCCCCACGCACGGCAACACUACGAGACAAGUUUGAGUUGGUCAUGAGAGCAGCAAAGGACUUUCCACAACACUGGGCCAGUGAGAAAAAGAAAGAUCAGAGACCCGGAAACUUAGAGUGCUACUGGUGCUUCCGUGUACGGAGUCCGCAACAUUUUGAUGUGUUACAAGCCAACACGGCCUACUUUGACCCACAAGGCCGGUUGGUACCGGAGCAGGAGGCGGGACCUCAAGACCGGCUUGUGCCCCUCCGCCGCUUCUGUAUCGGAUGUGGAGUAAAGGCUGGACUUCACGCACCAUCUGACUGCAUCGUGACGAGAACAGGCCUGGACCUCUGGGUAUGCCGAUGUCGGCGUGUGUGGCAGAAACCUAACUGCCUUCAGUGUCCAGACUGCUCUUCAACUUGCCCACUGCGGCCCAAAAGAAGGUGGUGUGGCUGUGACUAUUCGUCUGCGCGACCCCAGCAUUGUGUCCUAUUACAUCAGGGACUCUAG